UGGAGCACUUGGGGGGUGGGGGUUGCGGUCCCGCCCCCAGCACCGCAUCCCCGCGCUCCCGCUGUGGAGCUGGCCGCCGCGACCGUCACCCCGGGCGCCCGGCGAGUCCAGUGGUUAGGGAUGCUGUUGCUGCGGUCGCUGCCGCUGCUGCUUCUGCUGGGGGCGCCACGGAGCUUCACCGAGGGCGCGGCGAUGGCACUUACCCCCGACCCGGUCCUCGAGUGGCAGGAUAAAGGAAUAUUCGUUAUCCAGAGUGAGAGCCUCAAGAAAUGCAUUCAAGCAGGCAAAUCUGCACUGACCCUGGAGAACUGCAAACCAGCAAACAAGCACAUGCUGUGGAAGUGGGUUUCAAACCACCGCCUUUUUAACAUAGGAGGCAGUGGUUGCCUGGGUCUGAAUUUAUCGAAUCCAGAGCAGCUACUAAGCAUAUAUGAGUGUGAUUCCACUCACGUUUCCUUGAGAUGGCGCUGUAACAGGAACAUGAUCACCGGCCCUCUCCAGUACACGGUCCAGGUGAAUCACAACAACGUGCUUGUGGCCUCAUGGAAAUAUCUUCAUAAGUGGAUUUCCUACAUGUCAGGUGGUGGAAGCAUUUGUGAAUAUCUGCACAAAGAUUUGUAUACAAUCAAAGGGAAUGCCCAUGGAACACCGUGCAUGUUUCCCUUCCAGUAUAACCAUCAGUGGCAUCAUGAAUGCACCCGGGAAGGGCGGGAAGACAACUUACUGUGGUGUGCCACAACAAGCCGAUAUGAAAGAGAUGAGAAGUGGGGAUUUUGCCCAGAUCCCACAUCUGCAGAAGUGGGUUGUGAUGCUGUCUGGGAGAAGGAUCUCAAUUCACACAUUUGCUACCAAUUCAACCUGCUUUCCUCUCUUUCCUGGAGUGAGGCACAUUCUUCAUGCCAGAUGCAAGGAGGAGCUUUACUAAGUAUUGCAGAUGAGAACGAAGAAAACUUCAUAAGGAAGCACUUGGGCAGUGAAGCGGUGGAAAUGUGGAUAGGUCUGAAUCAACUGGAUGAAAAUGCUGGCUGGCAGUGGUCUGAUAGAACGCCGCUCAACUAUCUGAACUGGAACCCGGAAAUAAGUUUUGAGCCAUUUGUUGAGUAUCAUUGUGGAACAUUGAAUUCAUUGAUGCCAAAUGCCUGGCAGAGUCGGGAUUGUGGGUCCACCUUGCCUUAUAUAUGUAAAAAGUAUCUAAACCACAGUGAUCAAGAAGUGACUGAAAAAGAUGCUUGGAAAUAUUACACUACCUACUGUGAGCCUGGCUGGAAUCCCCAUAAUCGUAACUGCUAUAAACUUCAGAAAGAAAAAAAGACCUGGAAGGAAGCUUUGCAUUCUUGCCAGUCUGACAACAGCACAUUAAUAAACAUUGCUUCAUUAGCACAGGUGGAGUUUCUUAUAACCCUCCUUGGAGAUGAAAAUGCAUCAGAAACAUGGAUUGGUUUGAGCAGCAAUAAAAUUCCAGUUUCCUUUGAAUGGUCCAAUGGCUCUUCAGUCACCUUUACUAAUUGGCACACACUUGAGCCCCAAAUUCUUCCAAAUAGAAGCCAACUAUGUGUCUCAGCAGAGCAAUCUGAGGGGCACUGGAAAGUUAAAAAUUGUGAAGAAACACUUUUUUACGUUUGUAAGAAAGCAGGCCAUGUCCUUUCUGACACUGAAUCAGGCUGUCAAAAGGGAUGGGAGAGACAUGGUAGAUUCUGUUACAAAAUUGACACUGUCCUUCGAAGCUUUGACCAUGCCUCCAGUGGUUAUUACUGUCCUCCUGCACUUGUAACCAUUACAAACAGGUUUGAACAGGCUUUUAUUACCAGUUUGAUCAGUAGUGUGGUAAAAACGAAGGGCAGUUAUUUUUGGAUAGCUCUUCAAGAUCAAAAUGGCACAGGAGAAUACACUUGGAAGACAGCAGAGGGUCAGAAGUCUGAGCCGGUGCAGUACACACACUGGAAUGCAUAUCAGCCUCGCUACAGUGGUGGCUGUGUUGUCAUGCGAGGAAGGAAUCCACCUGGUCGCUGGGAAGUGAAGGACUGCAGACAAUUUAAGGCAAUGUCCCUGUGUAAGCAACCAGUGGGAAAUCAGGAGAAAACGGAGCAGGAAGAGAGAUGGCCCUUUCACCCCUGCUACUUGGACUGGGAAUCAGAGCCUGGCUUGGCGAGCUGCUUCAAGGUAUUUCACAGUGAAAAAGUCCUGAUGAAAAGAACAUGGAGAGAAGCAGAAGCAUUUUGUGAAGAAUUUGGAGCUCAUCUUGCAAGCUUUGCCCAUAUUGAGGAAGAGAAUUUUGUGAAUGAGCUUUUGCAUUCAAAAUUCAAUAGGACAGAAGAAAGGCAGUUCUGGAUUGGAUUUAAUAAAAGAAACCCACUGAAUGCUGGCUCCUGGGAGUGGUCUGAUGGGACUCCUGUUGUCUCUUCAUUUUUAGACAAUACUUAUUUUGGAGAAGAUGCAAGAAAUUGUGCUAUUUAUAAAGCAAAUAAAACAUUGCUGCCCUUGCACUGUGGUUCCAAACGUGAAUGGAUAUGCAAGAUUCCAAGAGAUGUGAGACCCAAGAUUCCACCCUGGUACCAGUACGAUGCACCCUGGCUCUUUUAUCAGGAUGCAGAGUAUCUUUUUCAUACCUAUGCUGCAGAAUGGUCCUCCUUUGAGUUUGUCUGUGGCUGGCUACGUGGUGAUCUUCUCACAAUUCAUUCUGCACAUGAGCAAGAAUUUAUCCUCAGGAAAAUAAGAGCGCUAUCAAAGUAUGGUAUAAAUUGGUGGAUUGGACUUCAAGAAGAAAGAGCCAAUGAUGAAUUUCGCUGGAGAGAUGGAACGCCAGUAACAUACCAAAACUGGGACAAGGGAAGAGAUGGAUCUAUGAAUAAUCAGAGCCAGAGAUGUGGCUUCAUUUCAUCCCUAACAGGACUCUGGGCUAGUGAAGAGUGUUCAGUUUCUAUGCCUAGCAUCUGUAAGCGAAAGAAGGUUUGGCUCAUAGAGAAAGAGAAAGAUAUCCCAAAACAACAUGGAACAUGUCCCAAAGGAUGGCUAUAUAUUAACUAUAAGUGCCUUUUGGUGAAAAUCCCCAAAGACCCAAGGGAUUGGAAGAACUGGACAUCAGCUCAAGAUUUCUGUGUUGAAGAAGGGGGCACACUGGUCGCCAUUGAAAAUGAGGUGGAGCAAGCUUUCAUUACUAUGAAUCUUUUUGGCCAGACCACUAAUGUGUGGAUAGGGUUACAAAAUGGUAAUUAUGAAAAAUGGCUAAAUGGAAAGUCUGUGGCAUAUUCUAACUGGUCUCCAUUUGAUAUAAAUAUUCCAAGUCAUAACAUCACUGAAGUUCAAAAACACAUUCCUCUCUGUGCCUUGCUGUCGAGUAAUCCUAAUUUUCAUUUCACUGGAAAAUGGUAUUUUGAAGACUGUGGAAAAGAAGGUCAUGGGUUUGUUUGUGAAAAAAUGCAGGAUACCUCUGGACACAGUGUAAAUACAUCUGAUAUGUAUCCAGUCCCCAAUACCUUAGAAUAUGGAAACAGAACUUAUAAGAUAAUUAAUGCAAAUAUGACUUGGUAUACAGCAAUAAAAACCUGCCUAAUGCAUGGAGCAGAAUUGGCCAGCAUUACAGAUCAGUAUCACCAGUCCUUCCUCACUGUUAUCCUCAACCGGUUAGGACAUCCCCACUGGAUUGGAUUGUUCACUGCAGAUAAUGGUCUUAAUUUUGACUGGUCAGAUGGCACCAAAUCCUCCUUCACUUUUUGGAAAGAUGAUGAGUCAUCCAUCUUGGGUGACUGUGUUUUUGCCGACACCAGUGGACGCUGGAGUAGCACAGCCUGCGAGUCAUUUCUGCAAGGAGCAAUUUGUCAUGUACCUACUGAAACAAAACCAUUUGGACACCCAGAGUUGUGCUCAGAAACAUCUAUUCCCUGGAUAAAAUUCAAAAGUAAUUGCUACAGUUUUUCUACAGUCCUAGACAGUACGAGUUUUGAGGCUGCUCAUGAAUUUUGCAAAAAGGAAGGAUCUAAUCUUUUAACAAUCAAGGAUGAGACUGAAAAUUCAUUUCUCCUAGAAGAGCUUUUUGCUUUUGGUUCUUCUGUCCAGAUGGUUUGGUUGAAUGCUCACUUUGAUGGUGACAAUGAAACCGUAAAGUGGUUUGAUGGAACUCCCACAGACCAGUCGAACUGGGGCAUUCGGAAGCCAGAGACGGACCAUGUCAAACCCCAUCUGUGUAUUGCCCUGAGGAUCCCCGAAGGAGUGUGGCAGUUAUCUCCAUGUCAAGAAAAAAAAGGAUUUAUAUGCAAAAUGGAAGCAGAUAUUCACACAAUAAAGGAGCACUCAAGAAAAGGACCAAGUCACAGCAUUGUACCUCUUGCGGUAGCACUGACACUGGUAGUAAUUCUGACAAUUUCUGCACUUUCCUUCUGUAUAUACAAGCACAACAGAGGUAUCUUCAGGAGACUUGCAGGGUUUGGGAAUCCUUACUAUCCUACAACCAACUUUAGUACAGUACAUUUGGAAGAAAACAUUCUCAUUUCUGAUCUUGAGAAGAAUGACCAAUAACAAUGAGUCCAGAAAAUGCCACAGCCAUGAGGAUAAUAAGAAAAGACUAUAAGGGGAGUCUCCCCUCAUUUUCCUUACAGACCAGAUGCCGCUAUAAUGUAAAUUGUGUCACUAUUUAAUCACUCUUAAAGUGAUUACUGGUUUUGAACUGUAACCAAAUCAGAUGUGUGUUGAAUUACUCAUUUCCCCAAACUGUGAUCUAUUCUUAAAAAGGGGAAGUUAUACAAUGGCUACUAUUCAGAAAACAAGAACUAUUAAAAAUAAUUCCCUCUUCAAGACUCUCAAACCAAUGUGAAUGGCUUACUGAAACUUUAAAAGAAUUUUUAGCCUAAUCUGGCAUCUAUUCAGACAUUUACCCAUACUCAUUCCAUUAAAAGAGAGAGAGGGGAAGUAAAACAAAUUUCAAAAUUCUAGACCUUGUACAAGACAAAAAGUUAAAGGCUUCUGAGAAGUUUUCUUGUUGGUUUUUUAACUCAAUCAUUUUAACACAGGAUUUAGAAAACUAAUUUCUAAGCUUAAAACUCACACAUUCUGGGCUCUAAACUAAUAUUUACAGUGUUAUUUGUUUUUAUUAAUUCUGAGUUCUCAAACUAAAAAAGAAAAAUUACCUGUCUUUAAAUAGGAAAGACCUUGGUUAGCAGCACACUUUCAUAAGCAACCACAUAAUGUGGCUUAAAAUCUUCAAUUACUGAAUGAUGACUACAUUUGAUGUUUAAAUAUAUAGAUAAACUUAAAGGAAUUUAUCAAAAUCUUACUAUUGUUAAAACUCAUGGUUUUUAUUGAAAACUAAAUGUUAAAAUAAUAUAUAACUCUCUUAACAAUUGAAAGAUGUAAAACAUAAUGUGAUUUUAAAGGGGAAAAAAUGAAGAUCUGAAUUACAGUCCCAUUAGCACCACAAUAUAGGAUAUAUUGAGAAGUACUAAAUAAAUUAGUCUCCAAUCAUAAUCUAGA